UUAUCGUUAGAUGCACGCUGAUUCGCAAAGUUUAAUUAAUUAAUUUUUUAUUAAUUUAUUGAGGAACUCGCAAAACACGAUAAAAGACUUUUCUAUUCAUAACUCGCUCUACUUGCCCACGAGAGAUGACACGAUAAUUAACAAGCACUUGUAUAGCGCGUGAAAAAUUCAGUAAUUAUUUAGUUAGAUUUAUAAUAUUGAUGAAACACUCUGGUGUACCUACUCGAGAGAAAUCAUUAUUUGAAUAAAUUAGGUGUCGUAAAUCAAGCUAUUUGGAGAAUCGAGUAUGGAUCGAAAUCGUGACAAUUGGAACGAUAUCGAGUUUAAUUCGACGUUGAAUCACAAAAGAUAACAAAUGAAAUUCAUCAUGUUAACGAUGUUAAUCACUGAUUAUAUUUGAACUACCGUAUUAAACGCCGCGGACUAUCAUUUUAUCACGAUUUUUGAAGUAAUUGCGUAAAAUUAUAACGAGAAAUCGUUAGCUAAGAGCUCGUUAAGAAUUCAUUGAAUAUUCGUUUUUGCCCGGGUUAACGUACCAGCCGGCCGAGAAGAUUCCAGAAACGGGCGAUCUAUAUAGGAGUGACAUAUCGGUACGCGUUGUAACGAUCGAUAUAAUCCGGCGCACGAACUUUCAUUACGCGUCUUUAUCUAAUUUCGCUCCACUCGACGGCCCAAGGAAGAUAAAGCCCUCGGCCGAGACACGCCGCGCCACGAGUAGGAAGGAGUGUGGGUCUCCUGAUCGACGGAAUUUAUCAUAAAUGCCGUUGCCGUGGCAGAGACGGCAGUUUACUGUUUCGUCUGCGCGUCGCACUGAAAUUCACACCUUCGACGGACACGCGACUCGACGAGUAGUCCCGCGCGAUAUUUAUGCGAGGAUGAGUAUCGCCCCGGCGAUACUCGUCAUUCUUGCGCUACUCAUCGCGUACGCCGACAGUGCCGCGGGUCUGGGACACGUACGACUAGACGUCAACGACGAAAAUCUACCUGCGUCCUCGAUCCUCAAAGGAUUCUCGGAGGAUGGCUCAAUUUCGAACGACAUUCGCGACUGGAUCCAUCUCUUGUCGACAAGUCAGGAAGAUGAGGGCAACUGCUCGGAGCGUUCGAUCCAGGAGUUCCCGGAGGUGUUCACGUACGAGCAGCGUUGUCAGGGCGCGGUGGUGCUCCACUUGCUCUUCGGCUUCUAUUGCUUCAUCCUGACGGCGUUCGUCUGCAACGACUACCUGUUACCGGCGCUCGACAUCAUUUGCACGCGUCUGAACAUCAGCACCGACGUCGCCGGGGCGACUUUCCUCGCCACCGCCAGCUGCUUCCCCGAGCUGUUUGUCAACGUCGUCGGCACAUUUUUAACCGAGUCCGAUCUCGGUGUCGGUACCGUGAUGGGCGGCGCGGUCUUUAACACGUUUGCGACACCGGCGUGCGGCGCGUUAUCGGCGAUGCACGCAAUACCGUUAGAAUGGCGAAUAUUAACUCGAGAUUGUGUGAUUUACGUGAUCUCGGUCGCCGUUUUGGUGAUCAUAAUGUGGGACGGCAUAAUCAAAUUGUACGAAGCAAUCAUCCUCAUGGUACUGUUCGUCGGUUAUUUGAUAAUACUAUUUUCCAGCAAGUGUAUUGUGCGUUGGCAUAAUAAGCUCGCGCAUCUGUACUUUUGCAAAACCCGCAGUACCGAUCUUAACGAGGAAGAAACUCCAAAAAGCAAUGAAGAAUCAAUGCCUGAUGGACUCUACAGGCCUUACUUCCACGGCGAGCUCGUAGUGGAAUAUCACAGAAGAAGCAUCGCAAACCGGAAACCUUCUGCCAAUGACAUAGAGACGCAAAAUCACGUAAAAGAGGUAGAAGAGUAUGUGGAACCAGAUACCCCAUUUGUAUGGCCCACCGGCGGUAAACUGGCCAAAAUCUGGUUCUGCUUCGUUUGGCCAUUAAAACUAAUAUUGUUCGUUACCAUACCGGACAGCAGGUAUAAACGAUGGAAAAACUGGUAUCUGCUAACGUUUAUCAUGUGCAUCAUAUGGAUCGCGGUGGCCUCCUACCUAACGUCCUGGAUGACGACUGUCCUUGGCGACACCAUCGGGAUCCCGGAUUCCGUGAUGGGUAUCACGUUCCAAGCUGCUGGUGGCAAUAUGCCGGAACUCGUCUCGAUCGUAAUACUUUCCAGACAAAAUAACGGAGACAUGGCUAUGAGCAAUACGUUAGGCGCGAACACGCUCGAUAUCCUGCUAUGCCUUGGUCUACCGUGGCUGGUCAAGAUCCUUAUGGACCAGAAGGACAUCGUGAUCGUCUCGGAUGCUCUGCGUUUCAGCGUGCUCUCGAUCGUCGUGUGCGUAAUCGCCUUUUACGCGCUCGUCGCGUACUGCAAGUAUUUCUUGAACAAGAAAGUGGGUGUCAUUUGUCUGAUAUUUUACGCGAUAUUCUUGGUUUUUGCAUUAUUAUUCGAACUGAACGUCUUCUACCCGGUGAACUUACCUAUGUGCCCCCCCUAAAGUCGCCGUUUCACACGGCGGGUUACCACUCUUUAUUUAAUAGCCGAAUUUUCAACACGAGGAAGAGCGAAAGUUGCUUUUGUCAACUUUCAAGGAUGCACUCAGGAGAUCCACGCAAUAACAAAAGUUUUUAAUACGAACAUCAGGUCGAGAAAUGUCCAUCGUUGUUAUUCGCAAUCGUUGUCUGCAAUUUUUGCGGAAUUGUGAAGUGCUUAUCAUCCAAAUAUUUUUUCAGUUUUUAUUUUUACGUCUUAUUUAUAUUUUAUUUCUACACAAAAGAAAAAAGAAAUAUUUUGUUAUCAAGUUACCGAUCUAGAUAAUGUUUUGUAUUAAAGGAAAUGUAGUUUAAAAUAAAACUAUUUUGUUAGGAAUUAAAAAAAGAAAAUAUUUAAAAAAAUUUUCGCAUUGUUUUUUGUCUUGCACUUUUUUUAUAAUUAGCCCUGUAUGCGGAAUUCUGCAUUUAACUUUGUAAAUUAAUUGACCAUCAUUGUUAAUGUAAUAUUUAUGAUGUACUCAUGGAAUAUUUGUCGGUUUCUAGCAAGGAAAAAUCUAAUGUUCUAAUAGUUUGGUUGAGAGAGGAAGUUUUUUUACAGCGUUUAUUAUAAAAAUUAUUAUAUGUAUAUAUAAUUCAUACACUAGAUGUUAUAUAUAAUGCUGUAAAUCAUGAAAAGACGCAAAAGUAUACUUGAAGUGCCUAUUUUUGAGAUGGGCCAACCAAUCGCAAUCUAGCGAGCGU